UACUUGCUGCGUUUGUUUACAAACAUCACAUUUCACAUUUAAUGAAUAAAUGUGGUCACAGAUCAGUAGUUCCUGGUUCCUGGUUGCACUUUGCUCUACAUUGAUUGUUUAAGCAGAUGUUUGCAUUGCGGCAUUUAAUUUUAGGGCAGUAACAAAUCAUACAUUGUGAAAUGUGGGCAAGGCAGAAUGGUGUCAAAUCCUGUGUUUUACGAUUAAAAAAGAGAACAAGAUAACAGGAACCUCUGAAACUAGGCAAAGCGUUGUGCGCAACGUAAAUUUUCCAAACCCUGGUUUCAACAGCUUGUGUUCAACGUUUUCAUUGAGAACCUGCGUCUUCGUGGCUGGAAGCUGCACGUCUCUGACUCAUGCGGGACAGCCCGGUCCUGACGGGCUGCAGACGCUGGUGUGGUGUGUGACAUCACUCAGCCACCGUGGGAGCGCGUCGUCGUAGCGCGCAGGCGUUUGAUUGCUGCUGUCUGGGCAGAUUGCAGCAGAUUGUAGCUCCGCCCUCGAUUACUCAGCCUGCUUGACUCGGGGUCGCGGAGCCGCGCUGCGCAGCGCGUGAGAAGACGGGAGAAGCGUCCGAGGCGGAGCGGAGGGAGCGCGGAUGGGCUCGAGUUGCCGGAGCGGAGAAUAGUUUGGCUCCAGAUUCCCACGCGACGAGUUCGGGGUUUGACGCGCGCGCGGCUUUGCUCCCAGCUCUGGUGGAUCGCGCUGGACGGGACGCGCGCAGGGCUUUUUUCCCACGCCGCGAGAAGUUUGUGCGCCGACUUCGUGGAGUAGUUGCGGGUGUGUAGACGGAGCCGGCCCCGCCGCCCGCCGCUCGUCACGCCUGCGUGGGCCACGGAGCCGCGAGUUCGCCCGCUGCCCUGCGCUUCGGCCCCGUCUCGGCGAAUCAUGGCGCUCAAAGCGAGGGCGCUGUACGACUUCAACUCGGAAAACGCCGGCGAGGUGUCGGUGAAGGAGAACGAGAUUGUCACACUGUACAGCGAGCAGGACAUCGAGGGCUGGUUCGAGGGGGUGAACAGCAAAGGGGAGAGGGGGCUGUUCCCCGCGUCCUACGUGGAGAUCCUGAGGAGCGACGCCGCGUCCACGCUCAACAACAACAGCUGCGGCACAUCUGGGGACUCCCGCUACACCAACAUCCCCGCUGGAGGCUUCGACGGCUCCUACAAACCCCAGAAUAAGGUCGAGAACUUUCCCAAACCGCCUCCUCCUUCAUUCCCCUCCUUCUCUGGCCCUCCACUAAAACAACAGCCUCCGCAGCAGCAGCAGCAGCAUGUUUACCAGGGCAGCGAUGAUGACUGGGAUGAUGACUGGGACGACAGCUCCACUGUGGCAGACGAGCCCGGCACCGUAGGCGGACGGUACCACGACGUCGAAGGCAACGGGCCGUCCACCUACAGGGUCUCAACCUCCUCGAUGUCGAGAGGGAACGCGCAGCAGGCGAAGAGCUCGGCCACGGUCAGCAGGAACCUCAACAGGUUCUCCACGUUCGUGAAGUCGGGGGGGGAGGCGUUUGUGCUGGGGGAGGCGGCGGGCUUCGUGAAGGACGGCGAUAAGAUCUGCGUGGUGAUGGGUCAGUACGGCCCGGAGUGGCAGGAGAACCCGUAUCCCUUCACCUGUGCCAUCGACGACCCGACCAAGCAGACCAAGUUCAAGGGCAUGAAAAGCUACAUCUCCUACAAACUGACGCCCACCCACACCCAGAACCCGGUGAACCGGCGCUACAAGCACUUCGACUGGCUGUACGCCCGCCUGGUGGAGAAGUUCCCCGUCAUCUCGGUGCCGCACAUCCCCGAGAAGCAGGCGACCGGCCGCUUCGAGGAGGACUUCAUCUCCAAGAGGAGGAAGGGCCUGAUCUGGUGGAUGAACCACAUGACGAGCCACCCGGUGCUGGCGCGCUGCGACGUCUUCCAGCACUUCCUCGCCUGCAGCAGCACCGACGAGAAGGCCUGGAAGCAGGGCAAGAGGAAGGCGGAGAAGGACGAGAUGGUGGGGGCCAACUUCUUCCUCACCAUCAGCCCCCCGCCCAGUCCGCUCGACUUCCAGGAGGUGGAGAGCAAAAUAGACGGCUUUAAGGCGUUCACCAAGCGCAUGGACGACGGCGCCCUGCAGCUCAACGCCACCGCCAACGACUUCGCCCGCAAGCAGAUCAGCGGCUUCAAGAAGGAGUACCAGAAGGUGGGCUUGUCCUUCAAGGUCCUGGGCCAAGCCUUCGAAAUGGACCAGCAGCCGUAUUCCGCCGGACUCAACCAGGCGCUCGCCUUCACCGGGGACGCGUACGAGGCCAUUGGGGAGUACUUCGCCGAGCAGCCCAGCAAGGAUCUGGACCCGGUCAUGGAUUUGUUAGCUCUUUACCAGGGACACCUGGCAAACUACCCAGACAUCAUUCACGUCCAGAAAGGAGCUCUAACAAAGGUGAAGGAGAGCCAGAAGCACGUGGAGGAGGGCAAGAUGGACAGGACGCAGGCAGAGGGCAUCAACGAACGCUGCAACA